CCGCCGUCGCCAUUAAUCUUUGUCGGCGCAGGGCUCUGGCGCGAAACGUGAAGUUUGUUGAGAGAAAGAUAUAAAUAAAUAAAAAAUUAAACAGAAAUCAUAACAUCUAAUUAAAGUACUAUUAAGAUCUAUAAGUUUCCAAAUACAUAUCUCUGUUAGAUAUUUUUGUUGGUAUCAUGGAGUGGCACGAUAUAGAAGUUGAUGGCCGGCACACAGUGAAAUUUACAGAUUUGCCGUAUGUGCCGUUAACGAGCCCCCCUCAAUCACCAGAUGCUGAGGAAUUGUUUAUAGGUCAAAAAAUUGGUGGUAUUAUACGGCAUGGUGAAUGGGCCUGGUUGGCUAGAAAUUCGGUGUUACAAAUUGUUUCAUUGCGCAAUGGUCAAACAAUUUCUAGUUAUGAGUUUUGUGAAUCCCGUGGCUAUGAGAGUUGCUGCAUUAAAUGUGUGGAGGAAGUAUUUCCCAACAAUCCUGAAUACAUGAUGUUGGCAGUAGUUCUCGAGAGCUUUCGUGGACCAGGUGGCGGUGGUAGUUUUGUGGCCUUGUACUCCGUAGAGUUGAGUAGUGUUUUGAGUUGUAUUGAAUUAAGUUUACACAUUACUUGUUCACGCUUUAUGGAUUCGUCGGCUUGUCGUCGAAGUCUUUUGCAAAAUUUUGACGGUUGUUUGGCUGUUGGAAGUGAGGAAGGUGUUAUUGUUUUACUCGAUUUGAAUAUGCAAAAAAUUAUGUCACUCCAAAAUGAAUUGCAAGAAGAUAAAUUUGUUCCAUGCCACAUUGUUGAUUAUAGUUUGUCCUUAACAGAAAUUCAUCGCAAUUUUCGUCAGUGUCAGCAGGAUGGAAUACAUUUUGGAUUGCAAAUGGAGGUCAUCGAAAGCCCAUGUGCAAUACAAUGCAUACUACCAAUAGAUUUAAUAUUGGGCCUGGCAAUAGGUCUAGAAGAUGGUCGUUUAGCAUUAUAUGAUCUAGCAGAGUUGCAAAUAUUUUAUGUUGCCUUGCCCACGCCAGAGGUAACGAUGUCAGCAUUAGUUAAAAUGGAUUUUCUUGAACCACCAGAUGAUCCACGACCCUGUCUGUAUAUAUGGACUCUUCAUGAAAAUGGCGAAAAUUUACAUGCUGUUUUGCAUAGUUUAAUGUAUGAGAAACGUUUAAUGGAGGAAGAUGAAUCUACUACAUAUUUUGAGUCAUUUCAAACUAGUACGGUACGUUUGCAAUUGCCUCUGGAGGCAACAAAGAGUGUAGCUUUAGCAUGUCAAGCUAUAUCUACAUUAUCCAGUCACGGUGAAGAUGACUCCAAUUGUUUGUGUGCCAUAUCGUGGUUAUCAGUGCUGGAGGGUAAGAAUAAACUAUUGAUAUUUGAUUUAAAUCAAUGGUAUAAAGAAGAAAUGCCUUUUGUGCUGGAAUAUGGCAAACAUCCAAAUUAUUUGGCUGGUUACAUAUUAAAUGGAGAAUGUACCGGUUUACAUGCUCUACUAAAUCCCAAUAAUAUUGCACAUUUUAAUUCAAUGCAAAGAUUUGAAGAACAUUUUUAUCCCAACUCUUUAAGUUUUGAGGGUUCAUUACUCCAUACGGAAGGUUGUAGGCGUUACAAUUGGGAAGGUGCUCAAAAUAGGGUAAUCAAUCUAUUAAGAUCCAGUAAUGCCGCCAUCUUUUUGGAACCUAACUUUUAUUUUAAUGAAAUUUUGCGCACUCGUUUAAUGCCUCAAUUUACAGAUUUGAACUUGAAUUCAACAUUUUCUCGUCAUGCCAAAUAUGAAAUAUUAUUAUCAGCGGCAUUGGAGCAUAAUUGUGUUAGCUUAUUGCGAGAUUGUGCUAAAUCAUGGAUAGAUGGCAGUUUUAUGGGUAACUUUUCAACUUCGACUGGUUUGUCUCUGUCCACCAUAACUGACUGGAUAUGGAAAAGGGCUACUGCAAUAAAAGCCAGAUGUAAUGAUCUCUGCAAAAGCCUGUUUGAAUUUGGCGGCUAUCCUUUGGAUAGCAGAGAGCAAAAAGAAUUAGGUUUUAUAACACGACAACUGAAAUUGUUAUCAGAUCUUUUAAAAUAUGUUUUGGUUUAUGCUAAAAAACAAAUUCCCGAGAGAGUGUACAGCGAUUUGGAAAAUAAACACAGUUCUUUGUCUAUGGCCUCCAGUUAUCAAGAUAUAUUGUUGUGGCUACUGAAUAUUGGACUUUUGCCAGAAGCUUCUCCUCAUAAUGAUAAAAUCAAUGCUGGCAAUGAUUUAGUGCCCUAUCCUUACACAGAACUCAAAGAAUUGUAUAGAAAUAAACGUUCGUAUUUCGCCAAAAUUAACGAAUCGUUUAUAUCCAAAAAAUCCGGCAGUUGUAAAUUACUCUUUAUCGAUUCAUUUAUCGAGCAUGUGUGCAAAGGGAAUAUACUACAUGAGUAUUGGUUGGAAAAUGAAGGUGAUGGUGUAUAUCCUCCCAACUCGUUGGAAGCUAUGCUACGUGUUAUGCUGGUACCCGAUUUAGAAUAUGAAAACAAAUGUGCUAUUUUGUUGUAUUUCUUUUUGGAUUUGAAUAUGGCCAUUGAUGAGGAGGUCUAUAAAGAUGUGGUGGCAAAUUUUAUUAAAUUUCCCAGUGUGUUUAAACUUUCGGCACCUUUAAUCAAGACGGUGCAAGCUUUUUGGAAUUUGGAUCAUGAUCAAUAUUUGCCUGCCGUUGAUGAGUUCAUUUCGCCUUUCAAUAAAAAUCAAUCUUAUCCCCAGUGGCAAGUUGAGUUGCUCAUCGAAGUUUUGUUAAAUCAAAAUGCUAGCAAUUUGGCUUUAAGAAUUCUAGAAUCACAGCCUUCGCUUAUCUCGCCCCUACUUAAGUUGAAUACAUUAUUAGCCAAUGAACUUAUUUCGGAAGCAUUCCAUUUUGUACGUUCCAAAAAUGAUGAUUCACUUUUGGAAACUUUUUUCACUUGUUGUCUUUGCAAUGGUCAGUUUGGUGUUAUCAGGGAUUUAGCCUUGAGUGAAAGAGAAGGUUUAAUAUUACAGAAUAUACUGAAAAGAAGUAAAGCCCCCGGAGCCGAAAGUCUACAUUUCGUUUAUUUACUGCAGAAGUCGAAAUAUAUUGAAGCUGUCUCAUACAUGGAUGAGCUGGCGAACAAAUCGAAGGGCUUCAAAAGUUCAUUGCAUCAGACUAACCAAAUGGAAACUCCAAAUUUGGUAUUGUCUGCCUUCAACACUACCAUGACCCCCGUUACACAGGGUUUGACAGAUGUUUAUUUUCGUAUAAAAAAUAAAAUAAAGAAAAAGGAAGUCGAUAACAAAUCACCGGUUCCUUUAAGUUGUCAACUCAUCAAACAAAAUGCUAAUAGUUUGUUGGGGGGUAUAUAUCACAGUUCGGCUUUAAGUGCCCACUUUGCCACUUAUUAUUGGGGUGAAAUGGAAGAACAAACUAAGCAGGCAAAACAUUUGCUCAAUUCAAAUAAUGCUCCUUUCUUGAGAAGACCCCAAAUCGAUACCAAUUGCAUAGAUCAUUUGGCUCAAAAUAAUAUAUCUUAUCCUCAAGCCUACAAAAUCACCGAGAAGCGUUCAUUAGUUGAAAGUGAAGUGCUGGAUAAUGAGAACGAUGAAUUUGAAAGACAAAAACUUGAAAAUAAAUUAAACCCCAAAAAGAAGAGACGUUUAAUAGGUCAAGAAAUUGUCGAUGAUUUAUCACUCUUUAUGAAAAUGAAUAAAACUUCAACAAAUGUUUCGGAAUUUACAUUUGGUCCGGAACAAACUAGUCAAACUGUAGAACAAACUAGAAAAAAUUCACUAGAUUUAUUAGCACGUCCCUUAUUAACUAAACCUGUGGGUUCUAGUCAAGAGGCCGAAGAAAUUGCAGCAAAUGCACCCGAAAUACAUGGAAUUCUUAAGACCAAUACACCAGAACCAUGGCAACAGCAACGUGAUCAGCCCGUAGAAGAAGAGAAGAACUUACGUUUUAGACUUCCUUCUGCAGAUGUUAGCACUACACAAAUACGCAUAGAGGUGAUGCAAAGUGAAGAUGCAGUGGAACAAAUGGAUGUUACUCAGGAAGAGGCACAAAAAAGACCUUGUUCAAUCUCAGGUUCACCGAAAUUGAAGCAAAUUGCAAGAGCUGUAUCAGAGGAAUCAAACAAAAGUUCUAUCAGUUCCAGCAACCAAUCAGAAGAGAAUUUCUAUUCACCUUUGUCAUCGCAAAAUAAUUCUAAAUUGGAUUGUUCCAAUCUUAGUAAAUACAGCUUCAUGAGCGGACCUCAGCCAAGAAAACCUUUAGCCCGGCUCUCGGCUGAACGUUCGGAAAAAUCACUAUCCCCUGAACCUAAAACUAAAGACACAGAAUUAACUUCUGUAAAUAAAUCAAGUAAUUUGGGUUAUACCACAGCCUUGGAGUCAUCAUUGAAACCUAGAAUUUCUCCUAGAAGAUCAUUAGAAAGAGUUAGUUCCGAGCGCUUGGAGAAAACAGAUCAAUUUGUUAGAAAAGAAUCGAGUAAUGUAGCUUACGUCACAGCCUUCGAAACUCUAACGAAACCCAUGUCAAUUGCUUCAUCCAACUUCAAAACAGAAGUUACUCAAACGACCAGCGGUUUUGGCAGUAUUGCUUCUCAUGCCACCUUUGCAGGCAGUAAAAUCAAUGAAUUUUUGCCAAAAGUAUCUUCAUCGAAAGUUGGUACCGUUCCUCCAGCAAAAACCGAGGAAAAUAAACCAUCAUCUCCGGCCAAACUCUCAGAAUGUUCCACAGUUUUGGGCUCUCUAACAACAUUCGAAUGUACUAAUACUGGUUCUAACAAUGUAUUCGCUAUGCCCAGCAUGCCUAUGGAUAAAGUAAAGCCAAAUCUAGACAAGCCCACCGAAGAGCAGAAACGUCAAAUGUUGGAAACCACUUUAGGCAUGAGUACAUAUGAUUUUUCAAUUUUGGAUUCGACUUCUUUGCAACAAACUAAAUCAUCUUUAAUGGUAACAGCAAAAGAUACAAUUGAAAUAAAAGAAGCAGAAUUGGCAGAAGAUGAGAAUGAAGAGAUCGAAGAAAUGGAAUGCGAAGACCAAGAUGAAGAACAAAAUGAAGAAGAAUCCUCUGAACAAAAGAAGGAACAUUUGAUUGAAAUACAAAAGGAAUCAAAUAUUGAUUUUAGAGAAGAAUCAAAUGAUGAUUGUAUUGUGUUAUCGUCAUCCUCAUCGUCGUCAUCUUUAACAAAUCAGGAAGAAGAUGAAUAUGCCAACAAUGAUAGUGAAGAUGAAGAAAAUUCCGAAAUUGGUGAGAACAUCGAAAGUGAUGACUACGAUGAAGAUGGUAACGAUGAAGAACUCUCAAUCGACGAAACAGAUAAUCCGAGCGAUACCGAAAAUGAAGAUGUCAUACAACUCAUAGAGGAUUCUUCAUCCGAUGUGCGACAGCAACAAGACAACUAUUAUGAAGAAAGCGAUAGUGACGAUGUUAAAGUCGUAGAAUACGAAACAACACCUCUAGCUACUGAUAAUGCUGAAAAAGUAGUCGAUAAAUUGGGUGUUGUGGAGGAUGUUGAAAAUAAUGACAUUAUAUCUAAUGUGGACAAAGAAGAGAAAUCGCAUGUGGAUGAGGCACAAAUUGAAGAAGAGGAUGAUGUAGAAGUUGUAGCUUCUACUUUAGAGCCAUUGCCGGCAGCAGAAAAGUCUGAAAUAGACGCCAUAAAUUCUACUCAAAAGCCUGAUACAAUAUCAAUAAUGUCUAAUAAACCAGCCGAAGUAGAUAUACAUACAAGUGAAACUGUUAGUACGACCACUAUUCGCGAAGAACAAGUUUCAGUAGUUGAAAUACAACAUGAGCAACAGGAUGAAAUGAUGGAUACUUCUAUUAAGUCAAACGUGGCCGAAGAUAUUGAAAAGGCAGUGGAACUACAAAAUAAAGAACAGGAGAAAACAGAAAGUGCAGAACAGAUAAUUGAACCAGAAAAUGUGUCGAAAAAUGUUGAAGCUGAAAUAGUUUCAUCUGAAAAUGUGGAGUCUCAAUUAUCAAAUUUAGAAAAGGUUGAAGAAUCUACCGAAAAAGCCGAACUAAUAGAAGAUGAACCAAUGUCCCUUAUGGUGGAGGAUUCAAUGGACGGUUCAGAUUCUAAAAAAGAAAAACCAACAGAGCUUAAAUUAACCGAAGAAGAGGCAACAGAAAAGCAGGAAGAAAAAUCAGCAGUAAUCAAAGAAACGGAAAAAUCUAGUGAAAAUAUCGAGGAGAAAAAGGAAGAAUUAAAAGUAAAGGAGCUUGAAAAUAUUGCUGGCACAUCCGUAUCAACGCCACGCAAACGACGAACUUUAAGGGGCUCCUCAGUACCUCCUUUGGACUUAGAAGUAGCUGCCGUUUCUUCGCCACGCAGAAAUACACGAGGCAUAUCUGUUCCACCACAAACAAUCGCAGAAUCGGAGGAGUUUUCCAAUCUUACGCCACGCACUCGUCGCAGUGUAAGAGCAAGUUCCUUGCAACCAAAAUAUAAAAUGGAUGAUGGCGAAACUGAAACACCGCACAAACGUGAGAAAACACAAGGGCCGGAAAGUCCUGAAACAAAUUCCAAAGCAACACGGGGAUCAUCUGUUCCUCCUGGUGCGGCUGCUGGCAAAGUGUCUACACGUCGUCGCUCAGUUCUAUUGGAUGCUAUUAAUGAAGAUCCCGCAAGUCUGGAUUCGCCAUCCACACGUACUCGCUUAAGAUCGCGUCUAAAUUCAAUGGAUAGUGAACAAGAUUCAUCGAUAGUAAGUGCUAACGAUCAGUUAGUGCAACCAAAACGCACUCGCCGUACAUCUAUAUCGAAUACUCUAACUGAAUUGCCGCUCACACCCAAACGUACAAGACGCAAUAGCAUUAGCUCCCAGCCGGAAACCAAUGCAGCCCUUACACCACGCACUCUUAGAAGUCGUAGUGUUUUAUCGGUGCAAGAAGAAGACUCUGAGAGUAUUCCAGCUUCACCAAUGGCAAGUAGUAGCAAAAGAAUUGGCAAUAAACGUAAAAAAAGUGUCAGUGAAGACGUACAGACCGAAAGUCAGGAACAAAUUGAUAAAACUUCACCCAAAAGUGAGCAAUCACCAGUUUCUGAAGUUUCAUAUUCUACAUCACGUCGGCUGACACGCACCCAAUUGGCCAUGAUGGAAAAAUCGACUGCGUUGUCGCAAAAAUUGACCCAAGAAGCAGUGGCUAAAGAAGCAAAUACAAUUUCUCCACCACCUAACAAACGCACAGCAAAAGCACGUUCUACACGUGUCUCCAAUGCUCAUGCCGAUAGUGAUGAUGCAGAAUCGGUAUCAUCGAAAGUUAGUACUGCCUCGAGUGUUACUGGAACCAAACGUCGCGUAACAAGAAGAUCCAUUAAAGAAAAGGAUGAAAUUGAUGAUGAUGGUGCUAGCGUAGCAAGUUCGGUAGGCAGUGAAAAGCAUCAAAGACCUCGUCGUUCAAAGGAUAAAAGUUCGCCUAAUACAACUUUAACUGCCAUACCAGAAGAUGCACCCAUUGAAACCAAGAAGCGUGGUCGAGCUGCUAAGAAUUAAUGUAUUUCUGGGGACAUUAUUUUUAUUGUUUUACAAUAGGAUCGGAUGUUUUGAUUAAAUUUAUUCAUUGAUGUUUUCUUUUUGUAUUUAUAAUGAAACAAAAUUGUCAAUAAAAUACAACAUUUUUAUAUACAUACAUACAUUAAUAU